AGUGUGUUACACCCAGUCUCAAAAUAUGGAAGCAACGGGUAUUGAUUCUAGCAACGCCAAACAUUUGGAGUUGCCAUUGAACCUCCUUAACUCGCUCGAGAGCUCCACAGAUGCUAUUUCCUGGAUCAAUGAAGUGCUUGAGCCUCGACAAGAAGGCUCUGAGAACGAGGCCGAUCUCAUCGAACUCGACAAACGCAUCUCCAGCCUGACGGGUACACUGGAAAUUGCAAGCGAGGAUACAUCGGCCGAGGUAGAACGAUUAAUUGACGACAUCUCGCGCGGGGCAGCCCGCCUCACAUAUGAUCUACAUUUCAUGCGGGACGGUGCUCUAUCACUGCAGGCAGUCCUACAGAAUGUCGAGUCCAAAUCGAAAGCGUCUGUUGCAGCAGAGACCAACGCCGCGCUCGAUCGGUUGCACUUCCUCGACACAGUAAAGCGGAACAUGGAGGCUGCCCGCGAGGUGCUACGCGAAGCAGAAAGCUGGGGCACGCUCGAAAGCGACGUCACCUCCCUUCUUGGCGAGAAGAGCUACGAAAAGGCUGCCGAGAGGCUUUCAGAAGCCAACAAGAGCAUGGCCGUGUUUGAGAACACGCCAGAAUACGAGAGCCGGCGCACGCUCAUGGUCAGUCUACAGAACCAGCUCGAAGCCGCACUCAGCUCGGCGCUUGUAGCCGCAGUGGGCUCGCAGGAUGUCGCUGUGUGUCGUAACUACUUUGCGAUAUUCAGCAAUAUACAGCGCGAAGCCGAAUUCCGUAACUACUACUACGGAUCUCGCCGCGCUUCGCUCGUAGAGGCAUGGCGAGACGCCCGACUUACCGACUGCGACGGAACAACAGAUGGAGGGCAGACGUUUGCAUCAUUUCUGCCAACUUUCUUUACGUUAUCUCUAUCUAUUCUCCAGAUAGAAAGGACUUCAAUUCCAGCGAUCUUCCCCGACCCGCAACAAACACUCUCAACACUGAUCUCGUCCACUCUAUCGGCCCUUCAGCCGUCGUUCUCUCAGCGUCUCGCGUCUGUCUCCACAUAUUACGGCGCCGUAGCCUUGCGGGAGCUCAUAGCCGCCUAUGGAGCCACACAAGAGUUUGCUGCUGCAGUCGAAAAGAUUUUCGAGAAGGUCGGAUACUCGGCCAUGCACUCUCCAGCUGUGGGAAUUGAGAACGACAGCCCGCGAGUGCAUCCGCGCCGACGGUCCUCUGCACGCAUGUCCAUCUCCAUCUCUCGUCGUAUGUCGGUUCAUCGGCUAUCCAGCAGUAAUAUCACCCUCUCGCAGACCUCUAACAGGUCUGGUUCCCCUGGAGCGCUACCGACGCUCGAGUGGGACACGGACCUCUUUGCACCGUUCAUAGACUUCCAGGGCGACUAUCAAUCUCUUGAGCGACGCAUGCUCGACGAGGCACUGGCUGCUGCCAUGCGAACGACGCUUAAGGCCAGCGGAGGUGCCGACCGUGCACGUGUACUCAGAGAGCGCUCAGUAGACAUAUUCGGCGCAGCAGAGGAAGCUAUCACGCACUGCUCUGUGUUCACGCAUGGCUAUGGCGCCGAAGGACUUGUUCAGGCCCUUGACUACUUCAUUUCAGCGUUCGCGGAGGCUUCCCGCGCAGAGAUCACAGCGGAGAAAUCCGCCGGCGGUAUGUCCGCAAACGAACUCACAGAGGCGAAGUCAGAAGAUGAUCUAGCUGACUUGGACUACACUGCGGAGGAUUGGGCAGAGAUCCAAUCGCUCCUGCACCUCCUUGAGGCUGUACGUGCUGUGACAGAUCGCACUUCAGCAUUCGAAGCCAAGUUGCGUGCUUCUCUCGUCCAGAUCUCGCAAGCAUUUCCAGCAACAAGGGAGGAUCCCAGCAAUGUCACUGCCUACGGAGAAAACACGACGCGUGGUGCCAUGCAAUUGCUGAUGCAAUCGGGUCUUAAUUCCGCCGCGCUCCAUACAUUAUUGGACAUCGUUGAACCAGAGUCUCAGACGCAGCUAGCACCCAAUGUCCCUCCUUCUCCCGACGCACGACGCGGUUCAUCCGUGUCUCCGGUGCCAUCACACUCAUCCCAGCCUCCCGUGCUCGUCGCCGCCAGGAUCGCGAUGUCGCAACUCGCCCUCACGUGCCAGGUCGCACUGCAAGAGACGAUCCUCGGUCCUCUAAACGCCUACCUUGCGUCCUACGCUUCGCUGUCCCUGUGGGUCCAAGAUCAACUCUCCAAACGUUCAGCCGGUGCCAGCGCCGGCGGAGCCACGAGUGCCGUGCAUGUCCCCACCUUCUCGCUCAGCCCGAGUCCGACGAUGGCCCGUGUGGCAGAGGGUCUGCUCAGCCUGCCCCGGCUCUUCGAGGUCUAUGCGGAUGAUGAUGCGCUCGCCGUUUCACUUGAGACGCUUCCGCACAUCAGCAAGAGGUUUCUCAGCGCAGUCGCGGAGCCUGUCGCGCCUUCGCCCACACCGUCACAUACAAUGCCCGAGCUGAAGUCUCGGCGUUCCUCGUCACUCGCCCUGUUGCCCGGACAAAUUACGGGAAUGCAGGCACAGGUGCAAGCACAGAACAUUUCGGAGAUGCACUUUUCUCCAGAGGCAGUCACCGCUGCAUGGUUAACGUCCCUUACUCGGACUCUACUCGCAAAUCUCACGCGUACCGUUCUUCCGCGCAUCCCGAGGCUGAACACCGCGGGUGCGGCUCAACUGGCAACGGAUCUCAGUUGGCUGGCGAACAUCGUUGAGGCUCUGAAUGUGGAGUGGCCACCGCUUACGCGAUGGAGAAAAUGGGUAGAAGAAACUGAUACAGAAGGCAAGCGGAAGAUCCAGGAGGGAGAGGAAGCUAUGGGCGAGAGCGGAGAUGUUCUGGACGCUGAAAAGGAGAAGAGUGCUGAGAAUGAAGAAGAAGAGCAGGACGAAGAUGAGAAAGACAGUGAACAGCAGAUCAGACAGAUAAUUGCGCGACUGAGAGGUUGGUCAACGUGAUUCAACAAUUACUGACUGUGAUCGUAAAAUUCGCUAUACACUUUCGCUUGCAGUGAUACAUGAUGCAUACGUUGGAUGGCCGCCUCUAUGAUGGUGGGAUCUAUCAAGCCCUUAUGUAAUGCAAACGUUCAUUGAGAGAAACGUGCCCUGAGAUAUGUGCCCUUGACCUGCAAAGCGGGGACGACAAGCAGGAACAGUGCCGCAACCACCGCAGCCUCUACGCCAAACGUCUGCAGGGCUCCGUAUUUCGUAGCCCACGGGACCUGAAAAUAGGCCACACUAAAUCCGCCGAGCGUGCGAUAGAGAUUGACCAAC